UUUUAUUCAAGCGUGCAAUACUGUCAAAAUGUGAAAAUAUUUUAUUUUUCAUUACACUAUCGCAGUUUAAUUUUAAAUUCAAAAAUAUUGUCUUAAAUUGUGCUAUUUGUGUUUAAUUUUCUAGAGUUUGAAUUAUACACCGGUUUUCAAACGGCACAGUGUGCAUUUUCAGCCUAUCGCGCUGAAAUUCGGUUUUGUUGUGUAGUUGACAUCUAUGUGAAAUCAAUUUUAUUCUAGUGUAUUAAAAAAGUAUCUUAGUAAUUUCAUUUGUAAAUAUCUUUCGACUAUACAUACUUGUUACGUUGAUUAAUCAGAAGAUACACACAUAUACGAACACGGGUCACAAUCAAAACCAAUCAAAACUUUAUUUGAUCAAAAUGGCAUCCAGCGAAAAUAACAGUGAUGACGGAGAAGUUUCCAACGAUUAUGACCGCAUGAUCCAAAUUGAAUAUCUCAAAGGAAAGUAUAGAGACGUUAUGACGCAGUUCAAAACCAUAUCUAAUGAAAAACAAAGGCUGGAACGAGAUUAUCAGAUGCUUAAGAAAGAACUUGAAAGUGAAAAGGGAGAUUUUUUUAACACCUAUCAUGAAUAUAAUCUGUUGAAACAGAAAUACGACAAUUUGAGAAUGCGGUAUGACGAAUUUGUAAGUGAUCCUGCCCACUGUUUAAAACUAUGUGAAGAUUUAAAAAAAGAGCGAAACAAAUAUAAAGAACUGCUCAAAGCAGCUGAACUUGAAAUUGAGACAGUAAUGUCAGAACGAGGAACAGUGCUUAAAGAAAUUCAAAAACUUUAUGAUAAAAAUGAAAGCUUGGAACGUGAUCUACAAAAUGCGUUGCGAUGUCGCGAUGACUCUUUGAAGGAAUGCACAACGCUACAGGAGAAGCUGGAUAUGUUUAAAAAUCGCGGAGAAUAUUACUUGGAUUCUAACUGGAGUCGGGAGCGAACAGAAAGCAAAGAUAAAUUCGAUAUGGUAACAGAGAACCUGGAAUCAGCCAAUAGAGAAAUUGACAGGCUUAAAAAAACACUCGAUAAAGCUAAGGCUGAAAUAACAAAAGCAGUCCAAGAAACAGAAAUCGCUAAGGGAAGAAGAGAUUGGGCCAUAUCUGAGCGCGAAAAAAUUGUUCAGGAAAGAGACAGUGUUAGAAACUUAUGCGAUGAGAUCCGUAAAGAACGAGAUACUGCUACCUCUAAACUUUUAGCUGCUAUCAGAGAUAAGGAUGAGGCAUACAAAGAAAUUGAGCAGUUAACAGAAAGAUUGGAAGCGCAGAAUGUUUUAAAAGAUACUUUGAACAACAACGUUACAACGAACGAACUUUCGACUAAUUCUGCUGAUGGUAGUUUCAGAAGCUCACACUACAGCUCAUAUAGUCUAGAUUCAUCCUAUGAUUUAGAAACUCUGCAUCAAUAUCUUACAGAAAUUAUAGAGAUUGACUCUUCGUCUCUUCAAAGUAACAUAUCUGAGUGGGGAAUAACCAUAAGCGAUAACACGGAUGAAUUCAAUGAAAGUAUCUUGCCAAGAAAUCUUACAGGUCCACAAGUGAUUUCUGUCGAAACUAGUUCUGUAUUUUCUGGGCGUUUAUUACCAAACGAUAUCAUAUGUCAGAUUAAUACAAUGGAUUGCACAUUGCUUUCUAAAAGAAAAGUUCUCAAGGCAAUCAAAAAUAGUACUCCGACGUGCUUGAUAAUGGUAAAACGGCCUCUGAAACGGCUUUUACCAAUUCAAAUAAACUUUCUAAACGGAAACAAAAAUCAUGGACUACAUUUAGAAACAGGCGUAUACAUUUCUAAAAUAGAUGCUAAUUCUCUAGCAGCAAAAGAUAGUAGAAUAUGUAUGGGGGACAGGAUAAUUUCCAUAAAUGGAAAACCUGCAGAAAACGUAAAAAAUGUAAAUGAGAUAAACACUAUUAUCAACGACAUGAGAAACAACAAUCUCAGCCUAAUAUUAGUAAAAGAUUUUAUAAAUUAUCCUCGAGAUAUAAUUUUUCCAACGCAACAGUUGCAAAACAUUAGCAACUGUACACAAUCAGACCAAAACCAUGAAAAUGUACAAAGAGACAUAAACCGAUUGAGUUUGGACCUAGGCAGUAGUAAUCACUUUAUGCCUUCGGCGAUGCUUUAUAAUAUCAACACUACAUCAAGUACACCAAAUUCAGUAGCGGCUAGUAUACCAUCUUCGUCAAAAUCUACUUCGAAACUAACUGGAAUGUUCCAGAAAUUAAAAGAUAAAAUGAGUAUAAAUAAUCAUAAAGAAUGUCAGGAAAGUGAUGCAAUUGCUGUUCUUGAUUCGGUUCUAGAUAGUGAUGACCCAGAUGCUAUACACUCAACGAUGUACGCAAAAGCUAAAGAGAAAAAGAUGAAGCGGAAAUCAAGAGAGAGUCAAGAAGUUCCCCGUGGAACAUGGCCUCGUGUAACAAUGACAGUUCAUACUAAUGAAAAUCAUGUAGGUACGAUAGUGCAUAGACCAAGAAAGGAGCGUCCGAAGCUUAGUAUACCAACUGAUAACACAGAGAAAAAUUAUUUUUCAUCUCCCAUAAGUGAUUGUAGUAUCACUUCUUCUCAAAUUACAUCCAAUAUUCAAGGUAAAAAUAUGAUGGGCUAUGGUGUUUCCAGUAAACGUAACUCAAAUGCAAUUGCUGCAGUUGACAUUGGUCACACAUUACAAACAUCUAAGCUAAGUUAUGAUAAUAAUCUGCCAAAAAACAAUAAUUCUGCUAGUGGAAACAAGAGUUAUAGAACUUCUACGUAUGACGCACGUAACAACAAUCAUAACUUAAACGCAAACAGGCAUAGUUUGAAUUUAUCUAUGACCCGGCAGCAGCCAUUAGUUUCACAACAAAACACUAUAGAUUUAAUACCCAUAAAAAAUAAUCCAAUUGUAGAUUGUAAUCUGUCUCCCAAAAAUCAAACUGGCUAUAACUUUACAAGCAAGGCACAAUUUAAAGAUCAUGUGGAUUGUUAUGUUCCUUUAGCGGUUCCAAAACAUCUUUAUAAGUAUUCUAGUGAUACUGAAAGUUUUGAUAUGGAUUGUACUACCACAACAACCAGUAACAUCAAUACUCUUCCUUACGCACAUAUUAGAAAGCAAUCCAUAGGCAAUAUAAGUAAUUCGUCUUUGUCGAACAGAGUUCCGACGAUAAUUAGUGGAGGCAAUCAAAGUUGCACUGUCAGUUAUAAUUCCCCGGUAUAUCCAGGGAUUUCAAAUAUUCCAUCGAACACUUAUUCUUAUCCCACGGCAACAGUACGACCGACCGGAAAUGCUACAUCAGGAGGAGACACAAUUGGGCAUCCGCAACCAUAUCACUCCCAUGGAUCCAUUGACUAUCAAUUCAACAGAUAUAGUCAUAUUCAAUCGUCCAAAGAAGAAGUGCCAACUGGGUUGAUGGGUUAUGAAGGUGGUACAUUUCCGCGCAAUAAAGUGCAAGGAUACAGAAUACCUUCUAAUCAAAGCGUGACAAGUCGUGGCAGUGGUGGCAAAAUAAGCAAUGGCUCUCUUGAUUACUGCAGUUCAGAAAGAGCAUCUCCUAUUCCAACAUUUCAGGUUCAAGUAAUAGAACCUGGCAGAAUAUCGAAUAAGCGAAAUUCACUGCAGGAUUACACCGUACGUACGAAACCUAACAUAGGCGAGCUUCGUGUUGUUCAUAUUGACAAAAGUGAAAUGUCGCUUGGAAUAAAAAUUUUCUGUCAAGGGAACGGAGGUGGAGUUUUCGUUUCAAAUGUUGGAGAAAACAGCCUCGCUAGUAAAGUGGGUCUUCAUAUUGGUGACCAAUUGCUGGAAGUUUGCGGUAUCAAUUUGAGGAAAGCUACAUAUGACCUUGCAGCACAUGUUUUACGUCAGUGUGGAAACUCCAUCACUAUGCGCGUUUUAUACAAUCCCGAAGUGUAUUAUAAUCUAACAACAAGUGAGGAUAACAUUGGUCGUUCAAGCUCGCCAACUCCUCAAAACUCACCCAGAGUAAUAGGGCGUUCAAACAUUUCAACAGUUAACACAACAACUGUAAACUCAAUAUCCACCAUCACAUCAAAAAAUAUAGCUAGUAAUGACAAUCAUCAAUCACAAAUGACAAAUACAACGCAAUCCAAUCAUCAUAAAGAACAGCCACGAUUGAUAUUCAUUGAAACCAGGAAAAACUCUAAUCUCGGAAUAAGCCUUGUAGGAGGAAACGCCAACGGAAUAUUUGUACAUGGUGUUCAGAAAGAUUCAAUUGCUGAUAACGCUGGAUUGCGAGUGGGUGAUCAUAUUUUGGAAUUUAAUGGUGCUGAUUUACGAAGAUCCACGGCUGAACAUGCAGCUCUGGAAAUAGCAAAACCAGCGGAAAAUAUUGCCGUACUGGUUUUGUAUAAUAUUCAAAAAUUUAAUCAGAUCAAGGAUAAACCUGGUGACGCGCUGUAUAUAAGAGUAGGAUUUGAUAGAAACUGCGAUCUUGGUGAUUCAGAGCUUUCUUUUAACAAGGAUGAAGUUCUUUACGUCGAUAAUACAAUGUUUGGUGGAAUACCUGGCCGUUGGCGUGCCUGGAAACUAGAUGAAUGUGGGCAUAAAUUGCAAUGCGGAAUUAUUCCUAACAAGUUGAAGGUCGAAGAAGAACUGAGACUGCUUGGUGAUCUACAAGACGUUGAUACAACAACUCGGAGAGGAUCAACAUCUGCGAGACGUUCCUUCUUUAAACGAAUCAAACCGCAAAGAAGCUCGUCUAGAGAUUCAAAAGAACUAGCAAGUUUUAGCAAUGCGCAUUUGAGCUUAUACAUUGAUUUGGGUUCUUUAAACGAUGAUGGUGUUACGAGUUAUCAACGGGUCGAGCGUUUAGAAUAUAAAUAUCGUCCGGUACUAAUCCUCGGACCACUUUCCGAGUGUGUAAUCGAGAAAUUGUGCAUAGAUUUUCCGGAAAACUUUUAUAAGUGCCAGCAAAAUCAAGUAAGAUGCACCAAAGAAGAAAUGGAAAAUGGUAUUCAAAAUAAUACCAUUGCUGAUUACCACCGCAGGGGUAGCAUGUUUGAAUAUACAUCUAUACAAACAAUUUUAGAUAAUAAGCAACAUCAUUGUAUACUUGAUAUAUGCAUAUCAGCAGUGGAACGUCUUCAAAGAAAUCAAAUUUACCCAAUAGUGCUGUUGCUGCGGUUCAAAUCAGCGAAGCAGAUAAAGGAGAUAAAAGAUGCACGCUAUUCUAGCGAUAAAAUUUCGGCAAAAGCUGCCAAAGAGAUGUAUGAACAUGCGUUAAAAAUUGAAUCCGACUAUCGACAUUAUAUAUCUGUGGUAAUUUCUGGUGUUAACAUUGCACACAUGUGUACUCAAAUAAAAGCUGCUGUUGAUAGUGAACAAAAUAAAAUCUUGUGGGUUCCUGUUUCAGCAACCAUAUAAAAGAAAUAUCUGCUACGGGCAAAAUGCAACCGGUUUGUUGUACAUGUAUUGACUUCUAUCGACAUGGAAGUGAAAUUUUUUAUACUUACAUAAAGUUAUUUUUGCAAAUAAAAUUGUUUCAUAUAAUAUUGUUAACAAAUA